CACCUUCUUACAAACCCCAAAACUCUUUUCGGUAGCCAACGAUAUCAAUUAUCAAUAUCAGUUGUAAAAAUGGUGAAGGCAUGGUUCUACAACCAGUAUGGAUCUGUAGAUGUCCUGUAAUUUGGGGAAAUCCCAGAUCCAACUGCAGGGCCUGGCCAGGUUUUGAUUAAAGUUCGCGCAGCUGCUCUCAAUCCUGUCGAUUUCAAGAUCCGCCAAUAUGGCAUAUUCCGCAGCCCUGAUGCCCCGUUUCCUGUGGUGCCUGGCGCUGACAUGGCAGGAGUCGUUGCCGAGGUGGGCAAAGGCGUGUCCAAGUUUAAAAAGGGCGACGAAGUUUACGGUGACAUUCUGGAAAUUGUGGAGGGAAACCCUUGGCAGGUGGGUACCCUGGCUCAGUACACGGUGGUGGAAGAGCAUCUGUUGGCGUUGAAGCCCAGCAAUUUGUCUUUCGAGGAAGCCGCCAGUUUGCCACUUGCGCUGCAAACCGCCCUGCUGGCGUUCGACACCGUUAAUUUUCAAAAGGGGCAGAGCGUUUUUAUUGUGGGAGGCGCAGGAGGCGUGGGCAGCCUGGCGAUCCAGCUGGCAAAGAAUGUUUUCGAAGCUUCUAGAAUUGUUUCGACCUCCAGUGCGGGGAAAGUGGAGUUUGUGAAAAGCCUGGGGGCAGAUCUGGUGGUGGAUUACACCAAGCAGAGUUACGAGCAAAUAGAUGAGAAAUUCGAUUUUGUUUUCGACACCAUAGGCGAAUCAGCCAAGUCUCAUGUGGUUGCAAAGGAGGAGGGUAAAAUAGUGGAUAUUACAGCAUUUCCCCCGCACCAGAAAGCAGUGAACGUGGUUACGAAGGCCCAUGGCAGCAAUCUGGAAAGGGUGGGGAAAUACAUAGAGAGCGGGAAACUGAAAGCUGUGAUCGACCCAAAGAGCCCUUACGCUUUUUCUGAUGUUGUGGAGGCAUACAAACACCAAGAGAGCGGAAGAGCGAGAGGAAAGAUUGUGAUUUCCCCGAUUGAAUGAAUGUACAUAAGGAAGGUGUGAGCGAUGUGUGAAUAAGAUUUUGAUUUCAGCUGUCCGAAUAAUGUGUCUGUAUUGAUGCACUUGCGCCUCCUCAGAGUGCAAUGCGUGUGUGGCUAAUGAAGCAGAAUAUAAUGUAGUUAUUUCAAAUCUUAGAAUAUAUAUAUUUGACUUCUCCAAA